AAUAGACUAGUCACAUUGGUCAUCACACAAUUUUCAUCUUUAACGACGCUUUCCAUACGGAACACUUAAGUAUACCUCCACUCUCAAAUAAAUCCAAAAGUAUGAGAGUCGCCCUUUAGCUGUUCAAAAACAAGACGCACGUGACGAGUGCCUCCCUUAUUAAGUAAUCCCAGGCAGUUCCAAUUAAAUGAGCGUUCGCGUCACUUUGUUGACAGUUGCUAGGAGACAAAGACGCUGAUGCCUGGAGAUCUAUGGUUAAUCUGCGUUGUCAUGGAAGGACUGUAAAAGUGGGACAGUCCAGUGGAGAAGUUUGAAACUGAGACUUCAAUAUCGGCUCACGGUUCUGGAAUGUCUCCCACAUCCCCUGUUUCUUCUUCAGGCCAUAUUGCUGAUAAGCUGAAGGCGGAAAACAAUAGAUGAGGAAGUGGCUGUAAAAGCGUUUCAAAAUGAAAUGUAGCAGUGAUAGGGGCUUCCAAGUCCUCAGUGUCAAUCAAUAGUAAAAACAGUAUGUUUUUGUCUGCCUCAUGUGUUUAAAGUAAACAAAGCAAAUAAGUCAGUUAAAUUAAUGACUUCUCCUUUAAUUAAAGAUGCAUUUACAGAAAAUCAUAUUUUUCAAAAAGAGCAUCUGACUAGGCCUGCUACUGUACUGUUGACCAGAAGGACAAACAAAUUGAGCAUGGCUGGAAAUGACGAAAAAAGGCCCAUAAUACCACCCAAAAGGCCUGGUUUUAGGGUCUGUUAUAUAUGUGGACGGGAAUUUGGAUCUAAGUCAAUUGAUAUUCAUGAGCCAAAAUGCUUGGAGAAAUGGCAAACGGAAAAUGAAAAAUUACCACCGAACCUCAGGAGGAAAGCCCCACAUAAACCUGAAGCACAAUCUGAAUCAUGUAAUAUUAAAGCACUGAAUGAGGCAGCAUGGCAAAGUUCUCAGGCUCAGUUGAUCCCUUGUGAAAACUGUGGCCGUACAUUUCUUCCUGAUCGUCUUCCUGUCCACCAAAGAAGUUGUAAAAACAAAGCUGGUUUCAAAAGCUCGAGCUCAGGGUCUCCAAUGGCAGCCCAAAACGGCAGUACAUCUAUGCAAUCACGUGAAUCUGUUGGUAAAAACCACUCACAGCCUGUCCAGAAACCCAGAUUUUUAAUUUGUUAUAUCUGUGGCAGAGAGUUUGGGGCUGCAUCUCUACCAAUUCAUGAACCCAAGUGUCUUGAGAAAUGGCAGACUGAAAAUGACAAAUUGCCCAAGAAAUUGCGAAGGCCAAUGCCUCAGAAGCUUUCUGUGGCCCAGAAUGGAGGCACUUCAGUUGAAAAACAGAAUGCGGCUGCAUUGGAGAGCUUCAAAUCGCAGCUGAGUCCAUGUCCUAACUGCAGCCGAACCUUUGCACCAGACAGGCUUCUUGUUCACCUAAGAAGCUGCAAAAGUAAAUCAGGCAGUCUCAGUUUGAAAACUGUUUCUCUUAACAAUGGUGUUGCCAGUACAAACAGCACAAUGACUUUGCAAAAGACAGAUCAAGGACCACAUGAGAAGACAACGUCUGUGACACGUCCAAGAACAGUUAUUUGCUACAUUUGUGGCAGAGAAUUUGGAACCAAGUCUAUUGACAUUCAUGAACCGCAGUGCUUGAAGAAAUGGCAUAUAGAAAACAACAAAUUGCCAAAGAAUAUGCAACGGACAGAACCAAAAAAGCCUGAAGUCAGAGCUAUAGCAGCUACAGGCUCUUAUGAUAUUGCAGCCAUGAAUGAGGCAGCGUGGCAAAGUUCCCAGGCCCAGCUGGUGCCUUGUGAUAUCUGUGGGCGCACUUUCCUGCCAGACAGACUCAUUGUCCACCAGCGUGCUUGCAAGCUGAAAUCAAAAUAAAAGUGUCUAUCCUGAACAAAGUCUCCAGGCAACCUUUUGCUAUUGUAUCAGUAGCAACAAAAUGGAAAGACAGAGCAUGUCAAAUGUAUGUGUGUAUUUGUUAAUGGUUAAGGUAAAUGCUUAUUUGUCUGACUCAGUAAUACAUUAAAACAUUUCUGAAAUGUUUCUGAGACACCUAUCUAUUAAAGGGACUUUUGUGUUUGUAUUGAAAUAUUAUUUGUAAUACUUUGCAUUUUAUAGUAUCAAUUACACUUACUGAUCUUGCUAUGGUUGUUUUUCUUAAUUGUGAAAUGUUUUACUGGUUUAGUCAUUUUGCUGUUAGAAAGUUUUUUUAUUAUUAUUAUUUCUGACUGAUGUGUUAUUUACAUUUUUAAAUUAAUAUUUGUAUGGUUUUAUUUUUGGGUGGCACAGAGGUGCUACAGCAUUCAGAAUUCCUGCCUGGACACCAUCCCAUCUUUGUGCAGGGUGGCAUUCACCGGGUAUUUGCUGGUAAUUUACAAAAUCAACAUUCAUUACAGCAUUUUAAAACAUCCAUCCAUCCAUCCAUUAUCCAACCCGCUAUAUCCUAACUACAGGGUCACGGGGGUCUGCUGGAGCCAAUCCCAGCGAACACAGGGCGCAAGGCAGGAAACAAACCACGGGCAGGGCGCCAGCCCACCGCAGAUUUUAAAACAUUGUUUUUUUUUAUUGGUUGGAGCGUGCCCUGUCCAAGCAGGAACAAUGCUUGCUGGGAUAGCCUCCAACUGCCACACGACCCUACCCUGGAUACGUGGAUUAGGAAAAUGGAUGGAUGGAUGAAAGAAGCAUAUUCAUGUUAACUAACUUGAUCAUGAUGACGCAGAGAGGAGAAUAUUGGAAUUAAGCAAGCAGCUUUGGGGUUUUAAGUCCCUUGAUCUGUUGUCUUGUGCUCUAUGCUGUCAGGAUGGGCCACUGACCCUGAACCAGAAAUAAAUAAAUGAGGACUAGUGCUCCAUCCCGGGGUGGUUCCUGCUAUGUAUCCAGUGAUGCCAGUAUGAGCUCCACUCCCUGUCACCCUAAACUGGAUUAAGUGAGCUAGGAAAACGCAUUUCUCAAUGAAUGAUUUUUAUUUAACCACCUAUUAAUGAAUCAAUGCACAUAAACUACUUGCUUAAAUUACUGCUGAUCAGAUAUUUUGAUGCCUUAUUUUUGUUAAGCAUGGUAAAUUUACUGAUUAUAUUAUUUGUUCAAAAUGUCUAUACUGUACAUCCAUUUUUUUAAAUCUGCUCAUUCCAUUAUAAGGUGGCAGAGAACCAGUUCAGUGCAUCUCCCUCUUGGCAGCGUAUGAGAAUCAAUGUGCUGGGGGGUUUGUUUGAUAAACUGACGUCUUUACAAGCUCAUUUUAACUUCCCUAGUUCAACCUUCUUUUUCUAUCUACAACUCUAAUCAGCCCUCACAACGUGUCGGGUUUACCACUCAUUGUAGUUUAUAUUUUGUUCCUUCUCUCAAAUAAAAAAAAAAUGUGUUUCUGCUCUCAACUCCUUACUUUGUAUAGCAUCUUACAAAGCUCUCCCCUUGAUUUCUCUCUGGUCCAGAGACCUUUCUCCUCUCUCUUUCCCACCUCUCAUGGGACACUGUAUUCUCCAGUAUUGGGUUUAGCUCCAGAAAUCAUAACUACCAGCACACAUAAUUCAGUAUUCUACAUAGACUUUAUCCUAAUCCCUGUGAAUGUCGUCUGAUGGACCUCACUCAUGAUCAUUUUGUCAAUUAUGUCCAUUUAGUUUAACUGAUGUUUCCCCACAUGUUCAGACAUUGCCCUCUUGCCUUUUCCUUUUCAAACCACAUAUGUCCAUCCAUCCAUUUUCCAACCAGCUGAAUCCAAACACAGGGUCACGGGGGUCUGCUGGAGCCAAUCCCAGCCAACACAGGGCACAAGGCAGGAACCAAUCCCGGGCAGGGUGCCAACCCACUGCAGGACACACACAAACACACCCACACACCAAGCACACACUAGGGCCAAUUUAGAAUCGCCAAUCCACCUAACCAGCAUGUCUUUGGACUGUGGGAGGAAACCGGAGCGUCCGGAGGAAACCCACGCAGACACGGGGAGAACAUGCAAACUCCACGCAGGGAGGACCCAGGAAGCCACAUAUGUCUCCUAUUAUUUUUUUUCUGUUUUAAUUAUUUUUCUGUUGCUUUCUUUCAGACCUGUCUAUACUAAAGCUUUAACCUCCUCAGUAUUAAUUGUUCAGAUUUGGUACUGUGGUGGCCAUAUUAAUUCUUUCCUCCUACAGGAAGACACUUGAGCAUGUUACAGCGGACAAUUGGUAGUCCUCCUUGUACAAUUUAAUGCACUUUAAAUUAUUCGCAGCACAGAAUGAUGUUGAAAUUUGGACUGCUAUUGCCCAGUUGUUGAAAUCCCAAGGAGCUGCAAUACCUUGAUAUUGUUUUUCUGUGAACAUAAGCUUUUUUCUUUUAUCUUUGUUGUGACUUGAUCAUAAUCCUUUAACAUUCUUCUUCUCUAGUGACUAGAUUUCACCAAAUAUAUAACCUUUGCCUCAAGCUGUGCACAGCAGGAGAGACUGGAUUGCAUUCUCCUCUGUCUUAUGGCUGUUUAUUGUUGAUAUCUCCUGUUAUUUUGUUUUUGAUUUCAUAAAAACUUUGUUAUCAUAAAAAAAUUGUCAGAGAGUCACAUCCCAUCCAGGCAACAUCAAGACAGACACUUAAAAAUGAGAAAGUGUCCAUUCAACCACUCACUCAUGUCACAUAUGCAUAUUUUGGAGAUGUAGGAGAAAACUAGUCUAACAUUGACAAAAUGCAACCUGACUGGGCUGAGAUUCAAACCCACGUCCACAGGGGUACCACCUUCUCAAACAGUAAAAACAUUGUUCCAUCAGAUGUUUAAUAAUUCUGUCUACUUUUAAAGCCUAAAUAUUCCAACACCAAAACUAAAAAUAAAAAUCCCAAUUUAAUCAUUUCUUCAAUCAGUCUCGGGACUUCUUUACAGAAACUCAAAUAUUUAUCCACAGAAAUAGCCAGAUGGGUUUUUAUACGUUUACUGGCUUAUGUCAUAUACUGUGUGUUAGUCUUAUAAUUAAGAUGUUGAUGAGAAAUUAUUACCUCCCCAGGAUUAUUAUUAUACAUCAUUGAGACAUUAGCCAGUGUCAGACUGUUCAGUUGUUGUACAGUUGAAAAUGGUUUAUGCUAGGAAUUCUAUUUUUUUUGUUUCAGAGUCAUAGAGAGUUCAUCUACAGUAAUGACACAAACAGGAUUUAAAUGAAAUUGUGACUCAUAGCUUUUCUUGGAUAAUGAAAUAAACAGUUUGUCUGACUUG